UCUGGUAACACUUUCCCCACCGGCACUAUUAUUUUGUGUUCUCUGUUUUGAUACUUUCGUUUUGAUAGUUUCUUUAAUUAAAAUGCACCUGCCAUGCUGUACUUUUUAGUCCUAGUGGUUGAGUUUGUGGACAACUUCAUCCUUGGCCCCCUGGAAUAUGUAAUUAAUGGCCUGGUCACCGGCAUUUAUUACUUUCUGUGGGGCAGCAACUUCGUUGGCUACUGCUUGGUGGAGGGCACCAGCCGGGCAUGGAAUCUCUUAAAAUGUGGCGCCAUCGAGAUCCACCGACACUUCUGUGACUUUUUCAAUAUAACGCAGGAUGUUACGGAAUACUUUUAUGACGGAGCCCUCGGUGGCCUGCAUAUCGCUUGGGAGUUCACCCAAUACGUAGGAUUGGGAAUCUUUGACCUCCUCAUCGACCUGGGAACUCUCGCCCUGUGGAUUCUUUUCCUUCCUCCGAAGAUGAUACUCCUUCUCUUCGACUAUGCCCUGGAUUUUGUGGUGGAUGUAAUCUUAGCCCGUGGCCUCAGCCUGGUCAACAACAUUUUCCGUUUGUGCAUUGGACUGUCUCUGCUGUUGGUUCUCUACAUGUUCCGGAGAUAUGUUUGUUUGUUCUUCAUCCUCCUCCUUGAACAAGCCCGCACCGAAAUCUCAAAGAAAUCGCAGAUUGUCUGCUUGUGGACCGAGCAGCAGAUGACUCGCUUCAUGCAGAAAAUAUGGAAUAGUCCGGGAGACAGCUCCCCAAACCGUGGAGGAUGUGUGGUUUGCUUGGAGCGGAGCAGGAACAUUGUAAUCAUGCCCUGUCGCCACCUCUGCCUGUGCAAGGAGUGCUCCCAACAGCUGCAGAUGCACCUGCAGUACCGUUGUCCUGUUUGCCGGGAUAAUAUCAUCUCGUUUCUUCCCGUUUAUGUUUAAACUUUAAAGUUUUAGUCUAGCUUUUGUAAAUAAGACUGCCAAUCGGAAUGUAGAAAAUAAAUAUAUUUUUUAAAACUUAUUAGAAUUUGUAAGGAAAACAAUAGUUUAUAGAAGACAGCUGGAUUUAUAUUCAGGGCCAAUGGCAAUUGACAAAGACUUGUGAAAUUUUAACAACUAUUUUUAUAAAAACACCUUUGUAACCACCAAAAAGAAUGAAAAGAAAUGUAAAUUGUUUUAUGUUUUUAUUGCAAACCAAUGAAAAUAUACGAUUUGUUUUGUAUACAUUUAUGUAAA